AUUUUAACAGAUAAGCUGCACAUUUCAUUUGAAACUAACAAUGAAGAAUUUGCGAGCUUCAUGUCUGUGUUUCUUGUUACUCGGCUGGAGAGCCGGGUGUGGUUUUGAGCGGUACUUGUCUCUGGGAGAGACUGUUACCCUGCCUUGUGCAGGAUUCCAGAAAUAUGAAAACUCUUUCAUUCAUUGGAUCUUUAGUCAAAGACCUGAAAUAUAUUCUGAGCUGGCCUCGGAUGGGAAGAUUACAGUCAAACAGCCAGAGAGAGCUGCAAGACUGGAGGUGCUGCCUGACUCGUCUCUGCGGAUACACCACCUGCACAAAGAGGAUGCGGGCCGGUAUGACUGUGAACAAAAUAUAAAUGGGUACUUUCAUUCAGGAGGAACUCCUGUUGUUCUGAUCCUGCUCACCAUUACAGCUGACCCAGUUAGAGACUUAAAGAGAGGCACCGCUUUAGCUCUACAGUGCGCCCUGGUGUGUAAUGGUGGUAUUGCAGACUGCAGGUCAGUUACUGACAAUGUUGAACUGACCUGGGUGGAUGAUGAAGGCACAGCCCUGCAGGGAGACAGGUUCAAGAUCACUUCCUACAGAACACAUUCCACUCUGUCCCUGGAGCUGCAGAAAUCAGACCACAACAGGAGAUGGAGAUGUGACCUAACUGAGGGGGGUGCAGUAAAGGCUUCGCAUAGCUACACCACUACACUUACAGGUGAAGAUGUGUACUCCACUGUGGGAGGAUUCAUUCACUUCCCCUGUGCAAAGACUGCUCAGCCAGAGGCAGGGCAGAAAUUAAUUUGGUCCUUUCAGAGAUCUGGGACCACGAGUUGGAAGACUCUAUUCACAUUCCGACCCAGUGGGAAUGUACUCACCAAUGCUGAAGAGGUAGACAAGAACAGACUGGCAAUGGCAGUCAAUACUUCCUUGCUGAUCCGCAGUGUCCAGACAGCAGACAGUGGGCUCUAUCGGUGUUCACAGCACAAGGAUUCUAACCUUCAGAAACACCUUCAGGUGUUGGCUCUGAACGUACUCUCUGGGAGUGCUGACCGGAUCUCACCCUUGCAGGCAGGCUCCAAUGCCACCCUGACAUGCUCCUUGACCUGUGGGUUUGUAUGUCCACCAGCCAAGCUGCUCUGGAGUGACAGUAAUGGAAGCAGCCUGCAGGGCGGCGCUAGAGAGGGUUUUCUGAUCCGCUCGAACAUCACCAGCUCCCAGCUGUUUGUCACUGGCCUGCAGAGCUCUGAGCAGAUCAGGUGCAGUGUGGAGGAGGAUGGGAAGCAGAGCGUCUACCUGCAGUAUCUCAUUCAAGUAACUGCACCAGGGGGGCGCCGGGGAGAACUACUCCAGCAUUCAGUUCAACAACGAGGGAAGAGGACCUGAAAGGAGACAGGUUCCGGCGGAGGAAAACAACGGCAUCAUUUACUCUGCAAUCAAAUGAUCGACAGACCCCGGCUGCUCUCGCUAUUACAGCAUUAAGACAUCUGGUGGCGCUGUGUGCCAAGAAAUUGUUCCGCUUUGUUUGGUUCAUGAUUAUUUUUAAGGUAUCAUCUCUGCAGUGCAUUGUGGGAUUGUCGUACUGGGUCCCAGAGUUAGGUUUAAUGAAAGGUCUUGUUUAAGUGGCAAAUCAGUUACAUUUGCUAGUUUUGCAACAUAUUUUCAUUGCUAUUCAUUAUUGAUUGGUACUCAAUUGUAAAGGUGAGGGAAGGGCAGCUUUUCUUGUUCUGAAAUGAACACAUUAAUAAAUAGGUGUGUUUUGAUUAAUUUAAUACCUGCUGGCAAUACGAGCCCCAGCACACCCCAAGUUUGUUAGUUUAUAUUCUUUCUUCAGAGCGUUAAACGUUCCUUCAAGUUUUGUGAAUGGGGAUCAAAAGGCCAUUUUAUAUAUAAAAAAUAUCUAUUUGGAGUAGUUUUAUAUUUUCAUGAUUUUUAUAUUUUAACUUCUAUAAAAGUGGGUGUAUGUGUUAAAUGUUAAUUUUUUUUUUUUUUUUUAAAUAAUAAUGAAUACUUAUAUUAUUAUGAAUAGAACUUAAAAUAAGUUAUACUGCAUGUUGCUUGAAUUGUUUUCUAAAUAAUGCAUCUCUGCUGCAGAGUGUAGUGUGAGGAUAAUUUACUAUUUGUAUUCAGUGUUCAUUCAUUCCAGAUAUUAGAUAUUAAUAUAGAAUCAGAUACCCUCAGUUAGUGUGCGUGUCAGCAUGUGUGUGUUUUUUUUAAAGCAUUCAUUUUGCUACUGUAUUCUAGCCGGGAACUCCAUUGAGACGUAGUUUAUGUGAUGUAAGCUCACACACCUUUCCUAAAUAAAGAUUUCAAGCUAUCCCAGCAACUACACUAGACUCCUCUGUCUGUCUGUCUGUCUGUCUGUCUGUCUGUUUGUUUGUUUGUCUGUUUGUUUGUUUCCACUGUACCUUUCCUCCUUUUGGUGUUGUUAUCAGUGAAACAGGUUUUCAAAAUUGAGUUGAAAGAGAAAAAAAG